AUGUCCAACAAAUGUUAUUACAAACAAUGGCUUCAAAUAAAGAAACAGUUAGAAGCAACCUUGCAUGAAGAUGAGCGAAUACAAGAGUUAGCAGUUGGAUUUGUAGGAGUAAAGCCACAAAGUACCGCUGUCGAAAUAGUGGCUAGAGCUUAUUGUCAAUAUUGUGAAUUAUACAAUAAAUUGUGUGAGUGUUACGAUCAAAUGGUACAAGUUCAAAGGAGACCGUUUAUAUGCAAUUUAAUAAAUGCAAUAACGUGCCGGAUCAUCGAAUUGAAAAGCACUUUGGAAGAAGUAGAAGUUUUUGAAUACACGUAUCCUGACAAUGCUCUACAACAAAUGCUUAUGGUUCCUCAGGAUAUUCAAAUACUUUGCCCAUUUCAUUAUCCAUUCGAAAUAAGACAAGAAGAAAUGCAGUACAUUGUAGACCAAGUUUUUGCGGGUAACCGAUUAGGAGAUCCAACGCCCUCGCCGUCCGAAAUUGAACGUCGUGAACAAGAAAAACUAGAAGAGGAAGAAAGAAUACGCGCUGAAAAAGAAGCUGAAGUUAAAAGAAAAUUGGCUAUGGGUGAAGAGAUUUCUGAUUCAGCAGAAUCUGUCGAACUGUCACCCCAAGAGUUAGAAAAAAUUAGAUUAGAACACGAAUAUAACAGUCAUAUAUGGAACAUUCAACGAAUGGAGCGGUCUAGAUGUACUGUUAGAGAAAAAACGCAUAUAUUUAACAAAAAUACUGAUUUAUAUCUUGAACUUGCUGGACUAAAAGCACCACCAGCAAGUGAAUACCUUAGAAAAAAAGCAGCAGCUCUAAUACAGAAAAUAUAUCGCCGAUUUCUAGAAAUUAAGCGCGAACAUAUGAAAGAAAACAAAAUAAAAUAUAAACUUGAUAUGAUAAUACCAUCUUGUCCAGAACCAUCUGCGAAAACUCAGUUAGAAAAAGUGAAAGAAGCACGUCGAAACUUUAGACAAAAGUACUAUAAAGCAUGGUUAAAACAGAAUUUAAAAGAACAAAGUCGUGUUUUUAAAUUAAGAGAAGGAGACGUCAUGGAAGAUAUAUCUGCAGAAAUUAGAGACUGGCUACAAACCUGGUAUGCAGAAGUACGUGUUUUUGAUGAAUUCCCUUACCCCGAAGAAGGAGGCUCUAUAUUAAUAGUUAAAGGAGAAACCUUUACAAUAGAAGAGUAUAUUGAGUGGCGUUUAGCAGAAGAAAAAAGGCUUAAAGCAAUGGAGGGGCAACAAAAAUCUAAAGAAGAAAUAAAAGCUGAAAGACUAGCUGCUCGUGAAGAAGAAAAGAGAUUAAAACUCGAAGCUAAACUAAGAGAAGAAAAACGUUUACUUGAUUAUAAAAAACAAAGGCUUAAUCCUGACAAUGAUCCUGGCAUAUAUUUUAAAAUCGGUAAAAAUAUUAUGCCUGUUCGAGAAAUGUGGAAUAAUUAUGAAAAUCAAUGGAAAUAUAUAGACAUUAAGGAUGCAUCGUUAGAUGUAAUAAAAGGACAUAUAAUGAAUAUCAUCACUGAAAAUGCAUAUCAAGAACUACAAUCCAAACUUCGUCCAAUUGUGGAUGAACUAAUGAGAAUUGAAUAUAAUAUGCUAAAGAAUGCUCUUAAAAUGGAUUGUGAGGUAACUCAGACAAAACCACCCUUAGUAAAGAAAAGAAAGAAACCAAAAAAAGUUAAGCCUCCUAAGCCUGAGAAAAUACCACCUGCUGUAAUGUUUCAAGCUUUAGUAGAUGAAGGUAUUAUAAGAAAAUAUCCCCGCACAACUCUUGAUGAUUUCUGGGGAGACCGAAAUUAUGCAGCCGCUGACACACGUGGAAUACUUUGGACACCAAAGUUUCCUCCACAUUGCUUGGGGGAUGUAAAAGAACAGGUAAGAAUUCGGUGUCUUCUAACUCUGGGUUCUUCCUGCCCAGAUGCUGUAAGAAAUCAACUUAUUGUUGGACCAAAAAACUCUGGCAAAAGUACAUUAGUAUAUGCCAUCGCAACUGAAACAAACUCCAUUCUCAUCGACUUAUCUCCGAUGAAUGUGUACAAUAAAUUUCCGGGGCCUAAAAAUUUAAAAACUAUGUUUGCCUACAUCAAUAAAAUAAGUAGAAUGAUGCAACCAACUAUAAUUUUCGUUGAGGACGCCGAUAAAAUAUUUUGUAAAACAGUUCCAAAAGAAGAAAAGGCGUUCGAUCCAAAGCGACUUCAGAAAGAUUUUUUCAAGGAAAUAAUUAAACCUAUAAACCCGAGUAAAGAUAAAAUUUUGGUAUUGGGUACAGCAGCAGAGCCGUGGUUGGCGAAAGGUCCUCUAAUGUACAAAGUAUUCCCUUCCUUGAUACUUAUGCCUAGAACUGACUACGGUAGUAUAUCGUACACUCUGACAAAAAUGCUAAUGCAAUAUCACGGUGUGGAUCGUGACUUCAACGUUCACAGUUUGGCUCAGGUUUUAAGAGGCUAUGACAUAAAUAGUAUCAAGGAAUCUAUACAAUCUCUAUUGAAUGGCAACCGCAUAGCGCAAUUACCAUACAAGCCUCUAGAGCCAAAGGAAGUAAUCAACGCGGUUUUAGAAAAUCCGAAUACAUUGUUCACCAAAACUGAAGACUAUGACAUGUACAAAGAGUGGUAUGAAUCCUACUCGCCAUGGGGCAGCAAGUACUUAGAUUAUCUAACUAUGUUAGAAUCUCAACUAAAUUACAAAUUAAAAGAGAAAAAGAAAUAA